CCACCUACAUUUUGUCAGUCGUUCAUGGCUGGUGAUCAUGACAGCUUUUGUCGUAGAGACUCUCCAAACAUGUGCGAGCAGACAUUUGGCAUGCUCCAUGAAGACAGCUUGGUUGAACAAUGGAAAAUCACCAGUCCUACAGUGUCAACACAAAGUACUCCGGCAAUGCUGACCCAGAAACAGCUGGUGGGAAAAUUCAGCAUGGUGCAGAGGGAGAGAAAUGGAACAGUUAGGAAACAAAUAUUUAAACAUGACGCCUUUCAGAAUUACCUGCAAGAGCACAUCAAGCAACCAGAGCCGUUCUCUGCAGCUGUAAACCUCCCAAACCAAUACCAGAUCAAGGUGACCCCUAAUAGAGGGAACAUUGGGAGCAUGAACCAGUAUUCAAAGCAUCACAUCCUGCAAAGCCAGAUACAGGACAAAUUCAAACCACAGAUGCAGAGAGAAAAGAAGAUGGUACAUAUGCCUGGCAUUUUGGGAGAAGGCUUCUCUACAAGACCCCUAACCAACACAAAUACAAGAGAUGGAGAAAGGAAACAGGUCUUCCCUCAGAAACCAUGGUUUGACUAUCAGGGAGGCAUUCAAUCUCAAAGAUUUAAUAGAGAGAACAGCAUGGUCAGUGCAGGGAAUUCAGAGCAGUACAUACCUCCAAUGUCUCCUCAAAGUGACUUCAGAGGGCACCCCAGCAUUCCCUUAAACUUCAGCCUCAGAUCCACGCUGUCCAACGGAAGUGCUGUUUCAGGCGAGGAUUUCAGGGAAAUGAUGACCCGCAAUGCAGAGAGCACUUAUCAUGGCAGGGCCUUGGCUGCGACAACUCCAAUGGCGAUGAAUCAAGAAGGACCCGCAAUCCAGCUUCUUGCAUACCUGGACGAGUGUAACAAGCAGUGGAGGUGUUUAAGCAUGGAGAGAAAGAUGACAGAGACCAUCCUUGCUAAGAUGUUUGUGGGGAAAUGGACUGCAGCACUGAACAACACCAUCAUUCCAAAAACUCCACCAAACCCCACCAGAGUUGACCACCUCAUUGUUAAACAGAUGACGGAGCACGCAGAGUUGGCCAGCCUUCUGUAUAGGAUGGAGUAUCUGUGUAACAUUCCCAUCCACAUCAACAUCCGCACAGCCCUGAACAAGUAUCAUGAGGCUAUUUGCAGCGCCCAGGCAAGACUCAAGCAAAUCGCUAUCAUGUCCAAACCUCAGCAGCAGAGAGCUCACGUCACAGACAGCCAAGACCUCCUGUUGGUCAUCACACUCAAGCACCUAGCUGCCACCACGAGGAAGUUCCGCGCAGCCCUCUGGUGUGUUGUCCAGUUGACGCUGCUGCAACCUGUCAAGAGGCAGGAUGACCAUGUCAACAAGGAGGCGUCACACAGAAAUGGGAACACCUCUCCAUUUCAGGGAAACUCCUUCAGGUUUUGACUCAGCAGUGAGUUAAAGGUCCUGAUUAAAUGAAAUCCACCAUAUUACCAUUUAUUGGCAGCCAGGUGAUGAAAUUAAUGAUUUGUGACAGUUGUGUUCGGAAGUACCUGUGAUGUUAUUUAUCCUGCUGCAUCUCAACUUCAGUUAUCAUUUAAAACUUAGUGUCCGUUCCAAACUAACAUGAGUCUUGCUCCUUCGUUGUAUUUUAAGGCACUAUUUAUCUGGAAGAUUUCAGUGAAUUCUUCUUUGUUUUUACUUGUACUAUUUAUUAUUAUCUAUUGGCAUGUAGUGAGACCU